CCGACCCUUCCCCCCUCAAGUCGUUCUCCCAGUGGCCCCUCUCCAGCGCCCACCCGCUCCUCACAGCCGGCUCAGCGCGCCGCAACCGCUCGUCGCUCUCCCUCACCACGCUCUCCGACCUGAAUGCCGCAUCCCUCGCGCUGCACCCCGCCCCCUUCGCCCUGCUCGCCCCUGCCACGCCCACCUCCCCCUGCCGCCCCUUCUCCUUCUCCACCUCCUUCACCUUCCGCAUCUCCUCCCCCAACGCCGCGGGGCUGGGCGGCGAGGGCUUGGCGUUUGUGAUGCUGCCGACGCCCACGCUCGGCCUGCCGGGGCCGUCCCUGGGCUAUGGUCGUCUGCUGCUGCCCCCCGGGAGCACGGCUAAUGCUUCUGAUGAUGGUUCCAGCGGCAGCAGUGCGGCAGUGUCAUCUCAGCAGCACAGGAGUCUGGCAGUGGAGUUUGACACAUGCGCCUCCCCGGAGUUCUGGGACCGGCAGGAGCACCACGUGGGGGUGAACGUGGAUGGCAGCAUGCUCUCUCUCGCCUCUGCCCCCGUGCACCCCGUCGGUAUCCCCUCCCUCAACGCCGGCCGAACCCUCCUCGCCACCAUCCAAUACAACGCCUCCUCCUCCCAGCUCACUGUCUGGCUCUCCCCCGCCCCACCCUCCUCUUCCUCCUCUUCUUCCUCCUCCUCCCCUCCUCCUCUCCCCCGCUCUGCUGUCCUCACCACAUUCCUCGACACCUGCGAGUGGCUCGGUGGGAACGACCCGGAAGCAGCAGCAGCAGCAGCGCCACCCCCGCCGCUGUUUGUGGGCUUUACUGCGGCUACUGGCAAGGGGGCGGAGCAGGCGCAGGCGCACGAGGUGCUGGGGUGGAGUUUCCAAGUCGGGGAAGACUCGUUCUCCUUCCGCUACAUCACGCCAGCCACUCCCCUGCUGACACGUGGCAGCACAAGGAAGCGUUUCUUCGCCGCCGACCUCUCUGUCGCUGCUGACGUGGCAUCCACCAGCCAAUCAGACGACCCCGCUCCUGGAGCCAUCUUCUUCCCUCGCCGUCUCCCCCUCCUCUACCCCUCCUCCUCCCCUCCCUUCCCUCCUCCUUCCGUUCCUCUUCCUCGCAGCUCCUCCCGCUCCUCUCCUUCCUCCGUUCUCCAACCCUCAGCCUCCGAACCUCCCGUCUGCAUGGCCCGCUCUUUCACCUUCACAUACGGCUUUUCCAUGAACGUAUCCGCGUCUCAAGGGCUCGCAUUCGUUAUAAGCACGCAUGCGAGUGUGGGCCUAGGCGGGGCUUAUAUGGGGUACGGCCGGGACCCGUCCUCCCGACUCGCUAAUGGCAGCUGGCCGGACGGCGCGCGAAGUGUAGCUGUGGAGUGGCGCACUGUACCAAACCCAGAAACUGGCGAUAUAAAUGAUUUAAAUGGUGUACAGGUCGGCAUUAACACCGAUUUUAACAGUACUUCGGUAUUUGCAACGGAGGCGAUGUAUGCGAUGGAGCCGGAGGGGGUGUGGCAGAUGAGGGUUGACUAUAACGGGAGCAGCAAGGAGCUGGCGCUUCGAUGGUACCGCCCGCCUUUUCUAAAAGGCAGCGUGAGGGUCUCUAUUGACCUGUGUGCUGCUCUCAGUGGCGCCUCUGGCAGCAGUGGAAGCAGCAGUGGCAGCAGCGGUGUGACGGACCCAGCAUCGCCAUCGUUCGGGCAGCUGUUCGUGGGGUUCACCAGCGCUGCUCUCCCUCCCCCCCCUGGCCGCCUGCCUUCCCCCGUCACCCUCUCCUCCUGGACCUUCAGAUUCACAGGUAAGGGGGGAGGCGAGGGGGCGAGGUGGCGGGGAGGGAAAGAGAGAAUGGGUAGCAAGCCGCGUGCCCUGCCAGGCUGCCCCCGUUGGCCUCUCCUCCUGGACCUUCCCGUUUACUUGGAAAUUUCUAACCAUCUGCGUGGAGGGGCUGGAAGCCUCUUUCCUACCGCUUCACCCCCCCCCCCUUUUGAGGCGCCUCAAAAGUCCUCUCCUCCUGGACCGUCCGGUUUCCUUCGAACUUUCUAUCCAUCUGCGUGCGUGGAGGGGCUGGAAACCUCUUCCCUCCCGCCUCGCACCCCCCCUUUCCACUCCCCCAUUCCCAUCCUUUCCUUCCAAGGCCUCUCCACCGCUGCCCUGUGCCAUGCCUGCAUGCUCCAUGCUCCACCCUUUCCCCGUUCCCAUCCUCCCUCCCCCCCAACAGACACUGACCCCUGCACGGGUUCUCCGGUGCUGCCCUACACUGACCCCUGCAAGGCCUCUCCAGUGCUGCCCUGUGGAACGGGCGUGUGCACCAAGGCGCCUGCCCCAUGGGACCCCUCUAUUCUCGUGCCCUCCUGCAAGUGCCCCUUCAAUCUUCCCUCCUUCCAACCCUCGCACCUCGCCGGCCUGCCCUCCUGCUUCCCCGAUUCCUUCACGUGUCGCCAGCUCCCCCGCAACCCAUGUGCCCCGGGGGUGUGCAUGGAUGACAUAGACGGCACCUACUCCUGCCUCUGCCCCUCGCCCUUCUUCCCCUUCUUCUAUUCGAAACGCACUACCCGCUGUUACCAAUUGCGAUCGUUUGAGCUGCGAGUGCCCACCUUCCUGUCUCCCUACGGUCUCACAUGCCCUCUCAUCCUCAACACUUACGGGCUCACCCAAGCGGCCUUCUUCAGCCAAAACAAGGGCUUCCAGUGCCGAGCGCCCAUCCCUGUGGAGACUGUCAUCAACGUCACCAGCCGGGCUUACUCCCAAUGCACCUCCAUGUACACUGCUAAUUAUGGUGACUCGUGUGACUUCCUCAACGCCCUCUUCUCCACGCACAUUCAGUCGCUCAACCCCGCCCUCAGCUGCUCUGAUGGGCCCCGGCCCGGCCAGCUCCUCUGUGUGGACUUCAACAGGACGUGGCUGGAGCUGGCAAAAACCCGCGUGGCAUGCCAAGUCUUUGCACAAAUCACCCCAGCCAUCACCACAACCCCGGCCACACCGCCACCCAGCCCUCAACCACCACCUCCCCUAGUCGAGUAUAUGGACCAGGGCGUGACCAUGAAGGUGCUCCAGGGCGCGCAGUCCUGCCAGCAGUUGUGGCGGGCGUUUGGUGUUGACUCCCCCACGCGCUUCUUCCAGAUGAAUCCCGGGCUGUCGUGCGACUCCUUGCUGCCGUACAGCCCCACGCAGGCCAAUGUGAUGAGUAAGGUGAGUUGGGUUGCCUGUGUGCGAUGGGUUGGGGCCAAGUGGGGGGCCAAGUGUAUGGCGUCGCCUCCACCUCCCCUAGUCGAGUAUAUGGACCAGGGCGUGACCAUGAAGGUGCUCCAGGGCGCGCAGUCCUGUCAGCAGCUGUGGCGGGCGUUUGGCAUCGCCUCCCCGAUGAGAUUCUUCCAGAUGAAUCCCGGGCUGUCGUGCGACUCGCUGCUGCCGUACAGCCCACUGCAGGGCAAUGCGAUGAGUAAGGUGAGUUGGACGGGGGGCGGAUGGGUGAGUUGGACGGGGGGCGGAUGUGUGAGUUGGACAGCCUGUGUGUGCGUGCGGUGUGGGUUAGCCACAAACCCCCUACGUGUGGCUCAACCUAGCAUCUCCUUGGCACGACCUACGUCGUCGCCGCCCUCCCCUCCCUCCGCCGUGAUUGCGCCCUCCUCGCCUGCGGAUCCCACCGCCGCGAGUGCAUCACCGCCCCCCGUCGCCGCGACACACCGUCGCUGGCCCCCCCCCCCCCCCUCCCCCUUUUUUCCGCCGCCGCGCCUUCUCUGGCGCCGCCUGCACAUCCCGCCGCGACGCCUCGUCGCCGCCUCCUCCUCCCCCUGCCGCGACCCCCCGUCGCCGUCUCCCUCCCGUCGCCGCAUCCCGCCGCCGCGACCUUCUCGUCGCCGCCUGCACCCCUUGCCGCCGCGACCUUCUCGUCGCCGCCUGCACCCCUUGCCGCCGCGACCUAAAGUCGCCGCCCGCGCGACCUCCUGCCGCGACCUGCUCGUCGCCGCCCGCACAUCCCGUCGCCGCGACCUAACAAUCGCCGCCCCCGCAUCCUACCGCCGCGACCUGCUCGUCGCCGCCCGCGCAUCCCACCGCCGCGCCUUCCCCGUCGCCGCCCGCGCAUCCCUCCGCCGCGCCCUCCUCGUCGCCGCUCGCUCAUUCCGCCGCCACGACUCCCUCGUCGCCACCUGCGCAUCCCGCCGCCGAACGUUCCUCGUAGCAGCCGCCUCAUCCCGCAGCAGCAGCCUUGCCGCGGACCGCUCGGCGAUCAACUGGCAUUCCUUCGUCGGGAGCAUCCGCCGUGUUCUCCAAGAUGCAUUCGUCGGACCCUACUGCGUCCUUGACGUCCUCCUCCGCCGCCCGCAAGCCCUCCAGCCCACGGCACCCAAUCACCCCGGCGAACCCCCUCCACCCCCCAUUCCUCCUGGUCCUCCUCCUCCUGAACCCACCUUGGAGAUCGCCACUUCCCCAGCGCUCCAAGAUGCCGCCGAUGCCGCAUUUCUCCACGAUCGCCGCGAAUACCUCAUCCGCAAGGCGGAGCAUGAGGUUGCGGUACAUAACCACGACUUCGCGGUAGCGGAACGCGCCAAUCGCCUGGCGCUCCUUGAUGAGUACAAUACGGCCAUGGCGGACUACCUCCCUCGGAGCAUCGCAUGGGCCACUGCUGACAACCGCGCCUGCACCAUCCUCCUCGGCGCACUCCCUGAUACCCUCAUGCGCCGUUUCCAAGCUCGCGAGAUGCGCGCCUCCCUCAUCUGGGCCGAGCUCCAGGCCAUGUUCGAGCGUCGCGACAUCAGCUCUGUCGGCGCCCUGUUCCAGGAGUACUUCUCCAUCACCCUCGCCACUUGUGAUGGCGCAGUUGACUACGUGGGGCGCAUGCAGGAGGUCGCUGAACGCCUUGCGGCACGCCAAGCUGCCCUCCCCGAGCCCCUGCAAAUCCACCGCCUCCUCUACAACCUCACCCCGGACUACGAGUCCCGCCUCCAUGCCUUCACUGAGGCCAACCCCAUGGCCGGCCUCGACGACGUGGUCCAGUGGAUCAUUGACACGGAGGUCAAGCUCCGCACCCCCGUUGUCAACCUUACCACCCCUCAGUCCUCCUCCUCCACCUCCCUCAACGCUACGCAGCCGCGCAACCAGGGUGGUCGCAGCGGCGGCGGCGGAGGCCGUGGAGCGGGUGGCGGUGGUGGUGGUGGAGGCCGUGGUGGUGGCGGUGGUGGUAGUGGUGGCCGUGGUGGCCGUGGUGGCGGUGGUGGUGGUGCUGACAGCGCCCCUGCUGGAGGUGCUUGUUCCCGACACUUCUGGUAG